AUGGUUGAUUCGCGCUUCCUCAUCACCGUCUCCAAUCCCCCCCAUCGCCGCCGCCGGUCCGCCAGUCCCGCCAUGGUGCAUCCCUCCGGCGGGAGCUCCCCGCCCCACCAGCCGCAGAGGAGCAAGAAGCAGCAGGCCGCCACCUCUGCGCAGUCGGCGGCGAAAGGGUCUCUCUGCCGCUGUUCCCACGGCGCGGCGGUGGACGUCGUCGUCCUCGUUGUCGUCCUCUUCGCCUUCGGAUUCCUCCUGGUUCCUUAUCUCCGGCUGUUCUUCAGUGGCCUCUCCGUCGUCGGGAGCUCCGUGCUGGUGGAGCUGAGGGAGGAAUCGUUGGCUGCCCCCAUGGUCUGGCUGUUCGUUGUCCUUAGCUUCUUCGUCCUCUCCGUCGCCGUCUCCGCGGUGUUUCUCUGCGCCGCCGGCGGCCGGAAGUGCGGCGACCCCAAUUGCCGCGGCCUGCGCAACGCCGCCGAGUUCGACGUCAGGAUCGAGACGGAGGAGCACAUGAAGAACUCCGACUGCCCCGACGGCAACGACGGCUCGGGGCGGCUCUUCUUCGAGCUGAACGAGUUCCACAACCGGGAGGUCGAGGCCGAGCUCAGGAAGAUGGCGCCGCCCAGAGGGCGGGCGGUCCUGCUCUUCCAGGAGAAGUGCGGUUGCUCCGUAGGCAGACUGGUGGUCAACGGCCCCAAGAAGGUCCGGAAGCUCAAAAAGUCAGCCUGCUGA